AUGGGCAACAUGACCCGCUCAGACUCGCCCGUCUCCCGCCGCAUCGUCCUCUCCUUCCUCGACUUCCUCAACUCCGUUGAAUUAGCUCCUGGGGUUGAUGCUGAAGCUCUUGAAGUUGCUAAGGAUUGCCUGGAGUCCAUUUUUAGUGUUAACUCAUCAGCCACUUGUGAGGCGAUACAACCAGGACUGUUGCUUGAGUUAUUUGCUUCUCUGGAAGCAAAUGAAAGAGACCGGGCAAGAGCUGCUUUGCUGUCUCAAUCUGUAUCAAACAAGCCAUCUCAAAAUGCGGGUACAUCUAAUGUCGAAGAAGACUCAAACAAAUGCACAACAUCAAAUAGUGACAGUCAGAUGGAGGAUACAUUUGACCUAGAUCAUUCAGGCGAUGAACUAUUUGCAAAAUUUUAUGCUGCACUUGAUGAAAUCAAUUUCUUUAAGACAUCACCUGCUGGAACUGAAGAUCCUGGCCUACUUUCAAAAGCAACACAAUACUUCAAUGAUGCAUUACUGGCGAUGCAGACGUCAGGAACGAAAAAGGCAAGCUUAGUAGACCUUGCAGAGUCCUUUAAAUCAAGAGGUAAUGAAUUCAUGAGAUCAAACCAACACCUUAAAGCGGUAGAGCUGUACACCUGUGCCAUUGCACUGAACAAAAAAAAUGCCAUUUACUAUUGCAACAGGGCUGCUGCAUAUACCCUUCUUAAUAUGAACAAUGAAGCUAUUGAGGACUGCCUGAAGUCAAUUGAAAUUGACCCUAGCUACAGUAAAGCAUAUAGCCGACUUGGAUCUGCUUAUUUUGCUAUGGGGAAUUAUCACGAUGCUCUGUACAAGGGAUACUUGAAAGCCGCUGAGCUUGAUCCUAGUAAUGAAAAUGUCAGGCAAAAUAUUGAGGUCACAAAAAAGAAACUGUCUGAACGAGUCCCACCAGGAGAGCAGAACACACAUGCACGCCAAGCUCAAGGACCACAUCCAAUAUUUACAAGUGGUGGUGUUCCUUUCAAUCUGUUUCCACCAGGUAGUUCUCCAGGUCAAGAAUUCUUCGCUGGCUGGUCAUCCGAUAUUAGUGCACCUCCACCAGGACAUUCGAUAAGUAUAAAUUUGAAUGACAUUUUUGGUCAAGCAAAUGUCAAUGCUACCGGUGAAGGACCAAGUCAAACAGGGAAUUCAAAUAACCAUACUCCACCUGCUUCAUUCCCAACUGGUGCUGCUGUUCCUCCCCCCUUUGCCUUCUCGGGCUCAGGCAAUGAAGGAACUCAGGCACGCCAAGCUUCAAAUGGACAUGAAGGGGAACAUGGUGAACCAGGCGUACGCAGUGAUGAUGGCAUCCAUAUAAAUGUGGCUGGACCCGAGCAGGCUGCGGAGGCUUUGAGAGCUGUGAUGCAGAUGCUUGGGCCACAGAGGGGUCCACAUGAAGGUGCACCUAGAGGACCAGGUUAA